CAUGCUUGGUAUUUUCAUAAGAGUCAUAUAUGAGAAAGGAUCUCUAUCAAAUAAUCCCUCGGUUCUCACUUAGACUUUUAUUAUUUGAUCCUCGCCUGUUAUUGAAAUUCAGAGAUGUAUUAUAUGUCAGUCACCAGCCUGGCGCUCCUCAUCCCUUAUGCCUUGGGCGCAGGUAUCUUGCGUUUCGGAUGCAGCCAAAUCACGAUUGAACGACUUGACCCACUUGUAGAGCCAGGAGCGAAUCCAAGUUUACAUCUUCAUCAGGCCGUUGGAGGGGAUGCGUUCAAAGCUACCAUAGAGAACACCGAUGUUUCCAAGCUUGCUGGCUGCACCACUUGCAGCUUCAGCGAAGACCUGUCGAACUACUGGACAGCGAACCUGUUUUUCCGGGCUCGAAAUGGAACAUACAAGCGUGUGCCGCAAAUGCCUAAUCGAUUUCUAGACGGGUCGGUUGGUGGUGUAACUGUCUACUACUUUCCACAGGGCCUUCGAAGCAAAGUAACCGCAUUCAGACCUGGCUUUCGUAUGCUAGUUGGAGACGCCACAUUACGAAGCGGAGAGGGACAGUCACCGAGGAACUGUUAUCGUUGCUUCACGGGCGCAAACUUCGAAGGCGACAAUGCGGCGCCAUGUGCAGACCCGGUUCUCGAUACUCCUGGAUUUCCAUCGACGCCUUGCAGAGAGCUAUGGACUCAAAUGACUGUUUUGCUGCCAACUGCACUACAUUAG